GCUGAGAAUUAAGCCAUCAUGAUCCCAACUUUGAAGCCUGAUGGAACUGAAGGAACAGCAAUUCGUAGUUUGACAGUGAGUGAAACAACACAUCUUCAGGGAUGCAUAGUUUGUUCUAGAGAUGAAAAUUUAAAAUGUUUAAUACAGCCAUGGAAAAAUGCAAGUGAUGACCAAAAUGCAUUUUCAAUGUAUAAGUAUAUUUUUUACUCGCCAAUAAUUGAUGAGAAAUUUAUAACCAAACAACUGAAAAUGACUAUCAGAUAUCCAAAGAAUGGAACUAGGGAUCAUUAUAAAAAGGAAUAUGAGUUGGAAGGAAAUCUCAGUGCUGUUGUUGUUGACAAAUUCCAUUUAUUUCUUUUCUGUGAAUCUAAAAAGCUGAACGAAUGCUCUUUUUUAAAGGAGCAUAAAAUUAAUGGAAUUAGGUUGAAUCAACGCCUAGGAAAAAUUAUUUAUGGAUUAGGAAAAUACAAAGACCAUUCUUCCUUCAUCAAGUUGGAAAUUAAAAAAUGUGAUGAUUCAAGUGGUAAUGAAUAUGAGGUUCAGAACAGAGAGGAUUUUGAAAAGCUGUGGGAUGCUGGACCAAUUUUGAUGGACGAACAUACUUUAGUGGGGUCAUUCGUAAAGGUUAAAGAGGAAAGCUGCAGAAUCUCUUGUUAUAUGUUUGAAACAAAAGACAACACAGUCAAUGAAGUCAAUAAGAAAAAGCCACCUAUCACAGGAAAACCCCCAAUAGAGAACAUGGAUUGUUAUGACAAUGUAGAACCAAUCUCAUCAUCAACAUCAGAUGAUAGUCAUUUUCCUGAUCAAA